UAAAAAGGCAAAAUAAAUAGGCCUUGGUCCUGCGAUCUUCUCAAUCCGCCGGUAAAAAAGAAAGAAGAAGAAGAAGAUCUCCUCAAAAUGGCGGUUUGGAGAUGAUAACAACGACGACGACAAAAGGGAGGACAAAAAUGUUGGGUUUGUUUGUAUUUCAAACUGAACAUCAUGAAAACCACGUUGGUUAAACUUCGCGUUGUCAUUCGCGCAUCAGUUCUGUACAUUCUUGUCACAUUUGGAAAUACUUGUGGGCCAAGUGAAUAUAAAUCAUCUAAAGGUGAAUGUUGUCCGAUGUGUAAUAUAGGGUUAGUGGUCUAUCGUGAGUGCCUUGGGGAUUCUAGCACAACAUGUAUACCAUGCUCUCCAGGAACAUAUAUGAAUGAACCCAAUGGCCUUUUUAAAUGCUUAACAUGCAGAAACUGUAGUAAAAGUCAAGGUCUUUACAUUCAGAGUCUAUGCAAUACAAUAAAGGACACCAUCUGUGAUGUGCUGGAUGGGUAUCACUGUGUUGAUUACUCAAAUUCACAGUGCCAACUUGCUCAAAAGCACACUGUAUGCAAUCCAGGACAAGAAAUAAAAACACCAGGAACGAAGAGGUCAGAUACAAAAUGUGAGGACUGUCCUUCUGGCUUUUAUUCUCCAACGGGUCUAAACUGCACCAGAUGGACAGAUUGUGCAGCUAAAAAUGAGAUUGAGAAAGAAACUGGCAGCUCCAUAAAAGAUGUCACAUGUACACCGAGACGGAGCAGAUAUGGUCUCUAUAUAGCAGCUGUAACUGCAGCUGUCACAUUUAUAUUAUGCUGCAUGUGUCUAUUCCUGGAGAUGUGGAUUACACGUUCUGCGCUUAAAAAUCCCACACCAGAAACGGACCAAAAGAAAUCAACACAACAGACAGCAGAGGAAAACGAGGAUGAUUUCCACAGUCAACCCGUGGUAUCUUGUACAAGUACAGACCAGAAUCCAAUGUUGCUUCCAACGUGACAUUGUCAGGUUAGGAGGCUGUGUCUGAAAUGGACAUUAUAUAAAUUCUUUGUACAAAACCAAAUCACGCUGUAAUGUUGAUUUACUAUAACAUGGACUGUAGAUGUGCUCUGGUAGAGGGUUUAAUCUUCUCCGUGUGGACCUUGUUGUGGUGGAGAAGAUUUAGGGCCCUAUUUUAACGAUCUAAGCGCAUUGUCUAAAGCGCACAGCGCAACGUCUAAAUGGGCGUGUCCGAAUCCACUUUUGCUAAUUUAACGACGGGAAAAAUGGUUUGUGCGCCGAGCGCAUGGUCGAAAAGGGUUGGUCCUGUUGUAAUGGGAGUAUUUUGGGCGUAACGUGCAGUAAACCAAUGAGAGACUCAGCUCUCAUCCCCUUUAAAGGCAAGUUGCGCUGGCGCUAUGUCUAAUCCCUAUUUAGAUGACGGACUUUGUAAACUGAAAAACUAAGCGGAGGAGGAAGAUCCCCAGUUUAAGAUUAAUGUUAAAUAAUUGUGUUGUUUUUCACUUGUAUUGAAAUUGUUAUUUUUUUAUUAAAACCUUUAAAACCCGUUUUCUUUUAGUCAUGGAAGUAAAAAAGCAGGCUUAUAAUUGCUUUAAAUGUAUGGCUAUCCAAUAUCAUCAAAACAUAAUUUACAAGCAUGUAAGAUAAGGUUUGUACUCUAAAAAUACUUUAUUUGUAACAAACAGGAGAUAAAGAAUUUACAAACGGCUCUCCUCACGUUUCAGCACUUUGGACAGCGGUUUUUUAGCAAAGAGUUUUUUUAAGCAUUACUUAAAAAUGUUUCUCAUCUCACCAUAUCCGCAGGUACAGAGUCAUCAUAUACAAUAAAUCCAUGAGGUAGCAUAAAAAAACCAUUUAAAAACAGACGCAUUUGUUCAAAGCAAAGCAUUUAUUUACUUACCAGGCUGCAGGUGAAGCAGCUCUUUGUGCCUUCUAACGUCUCAUAAUUAGUCCUCAUUUAUGUCCAAGAGACUCAAUAAUAAUCUUUUACAUUCAAUCCUUUAAUCUUUCAUAUUUAAAAGCAUUUUUGUUCUGCUGCGCAUUCAUGUACUUUGUGAUAAGCAAACCUGCGUUGUCCUCCCGUUUAUAGGCGCAUUUUACUAAUGCGCUCUUUAAAUAACAUAAAACACAUUUAGACUUUAGACCAGGUUUUUGUUGGUCAAUGGCGUAGUCUAUUUUAGUUGCCUCAAAAUAGCAACGCGCCAACAAUGCGCCUUGAACACACCUCGUUUUUAGACCAGAACGCCCAUGGGCGCAAAAGGGGGCGCAAAUGCAUUUGCUUUUUAAACAACGCGGCGCUAAACGUGAAAAUUAGGGUGGAAACUAGCGAAAGACACUUGCGUCGCGCAUUGCGCUGCAUUGCGCCGGGUGUAAGAUAGAGCCCUUAGUUCUUGAUGAACUAAAGAAAGUGUUCAUGGAAGCUUUCACUGCCACAAAUUUCAACUGCUUCAAGGAGGGCAAACAACGACAGUAGGCCUUUGGCUCUAGAGUUGACUUAAUAUUAAAACAUAACUAUUAAUAUAGUUAACAGAGACAGACUAAGUAAUUCCCAACAUGAGAACAAAAAGACUGCAAUUAAAAACAUACUAUAACUUUUAAAACUAUGGUUGAUUAACAUUGAUUUGAUUGCAUAUGUCAAUGUUAACUUUAAAAAUAUUUAAACAAGUAAAAUUUUUUGUUUCAUUUGCCUUAAAACUCACUCCUCUUUUAAAUGUGAAAAUGACAUUGUUCUCCUAUAACUAAAGCCUUGAUUUGGAUCAGUAGAUAGUAUGACUUUUCUGUAUCAUCCUCUACCAGAUGAGCUUCAGAAAAGCUAUGUAAUGUUUAGCUUAUAUUAAGCAAAAUUUUUACCUAAAGUUAUUGUAACAUAUAUUUCAUUUUGUAUGAGUAUAGUCGUCUUGUUUAAAUGCGACAUUUUCUAACUUUGAGUAAAUAUGUGGUGGGGAUUGAUCAGUGGGAAAUUACAACAUUCAAAUAGCAGAACAGCAGACAUUUUCUUUUUGAAAAGAUAAAACUUUGUUAUUGUAUUAAUUUCUACUUGUAAAUGUGCAUUUACUUACAUUUUUAUUGUAUGUACUGAUUUACUAUGUAGUACCUUCAAGUUUUAAAUUACAAGUAUUGUUUUAAAGAUUUAUAAAACUUCUCCACUCUAAAACAAGUUGUUGUUUCAAUUGUUAUAAAAUGUAUACAUUUAAGUGUUUCCAAAUACUUUUUGGACUCAUUGCACAAUAAAAGAUUGUGAGACAGUUACAUAUCUGUUUAAUAUGGCAAUUUGGAAGCUACAAAAAUGUGCACUGUGUAUUUCCUGAUAUACCAGCAGCAAGCCUCUAACCCUCAACAACAAUAACUCAAUUACCAUAGAUUAAAUCUGAUUUAACACAGAGCUGCAGAUACAAAAAAUUUGUUUAAUGGACACUUGUGAGAGAGGCAUAGACCACU